AUGAGUCAAAACAUUAAGAAUCUUUCUAAAUUAGUUAGACAAUCAUCAAACAGAUGGCUUUUCCAACAAAAUAGAGUACAAACAUUAUCUUUGAAUAACAGUUCAAUCUUUGUAAAGAAUGCCAUUAAUAAUAAUAAUAGUAAUAAGAAUAUAAAUGUAAAAUAUUUCUCAACAAAGACAGAAACUCAACAAGAUCUCGAUGUCGAUAAGUUUGAUUACACCAACAAAUUAGAACCACAAGUAUUGAAGGAUUACAUUCCAUGUUACACUGUUAUGGAUCAAGAAGGUGUUGUCAAUCCACCAUCUGCUGACCCAAACUUUGGACAAGAAUUGGUUACAAAGAUGUAUAAACAAAUGCUAUUGUUGAACACAAUGGAUUCGAUUUUCUACGAUGUUCAGAGACAAGGUAGAAUCUCCUUUUAUAUGACUUCGUUUGGUGAGGAAGCUAUCCACAUUGGAAGUGCUCAGGCACUCUCGAUGGACGACACCAUCUUUGCUCAGUAUCGUGAGAGCGGUGUUUUGAUGUGGCGUGGUUUCACACUCGAUGAGAUUGCCAAUCAGUGCUGCUCGAACGAGUUGGAUCCAGGAAAGGGACGUCAAAUGCCAGUUCAUUUUGGAUCGAAGCGUAUCAAUGUACAGACAAUCAGUUCGCCACUGACCACCCAGCUUCCACAGGCAGUCGGUUCGUCAUACGCUCAAAAACUGGCUGGUGAAAAGAACUGUACCAUCGUCUACUUUGGUGAGGGUGCUGCCUCCGAAGGUGAUUUCCACGCCGCCAUGAACUUUGCCGCCACACUCUCCACCCCAACCAUCUUCUUCUGUCGUAACAACAAAUGGGCUAUCUCCACUCCAGCCUCUGAACAAUACCGUGGUGAUGGUAUUGCCGGACGUGGUCCAUCCGCCUACGGUAUGACCACCUUCCGUGUUGACGGAAACGACAUCUGGGCUGUCUACAACGUAACUAAAAUGGCAAGAGAUAUUGCAGUUGAAAAAGGUGUUCCAGUUUUGAUUGAAGCUAUGACUUAUAGAGUUAGUCAUCAUUCGACAUCCGAUGACUCUAGCAGAUAUCGUACAACAGAGGAAAUCAAUCAUUGGAAGGAAAAGAAGAAUCCAGUAAACAGAUUGAAGAACUAUAUGAUUAGAAAGGGAUGGUGGACUGAGGAGUUGGAAAAGUCAACCAUUAAAGAGUCACGUGAGCAAGUCAAAGCAGCUCUCCAAAAGGCAGAGGCACAAAAGAAACCGAUGAUCUCAGAGUUGUUCACUGACGUCUACGACACAAUUCCAAACAACUUAUUGGAACAACAAAAAGAAUUAAUCGAACACAUCAAGCUUUACCCAGAGGAAUAUCCAAUCGAUCAAUAUGCUCCAGAAAAGUAA